AUGGCGAAUCGCAAUCGCAAGAAUAAGGGCCAACCCCAAGACAAGGUCGCAAAUUCCCUCGAUGAAGUGCUGCAAGCGAGUCGGAAGGAGCGCGGUGCCAACUUGGCCCAAGAAAUGCUUGGCAAGAACCCGCAGAAGCUUGCGCAGGAAAUGCUAGGGAAGCGGCCAAAGACAAAUCCUCCCGCAAGACCGGCAGGCCCAACUCCCAUGCAAGGAUCACUUGCCAGCAGAGUCGGUAUUACGAAGAGAAGCAACUCCCUUCCUCGCACCAAUAGCACAGGUGCUCCUCGCAACCCACGACAACCCUCACAUCUUGGUCGAUCAGCAAUCCCCAACAAUUCCCGACCUCAGAACAGCCGUGCCGAGACCCACGUGAUCAAUAUUUCCUCCGACCCAUCCGUCCCUGCUAAGAGCAACGGCUACAGUCAAAGAACUACGAUCGACAACGGCGGCAAUGGGCUGAGCAUAAGAGGCGCGGCUGGAGGGCCGUACAUCGUUCGGGCACAGAACUUUGCACCAGGCACCUCAGCUGCGGAUAUUGAGAGUGUAAUGUUGAACGUGGGCGGGCAGAUGAAUUAUUGUAAACUGGUCAGCGUUGCGACAGCAGCAAUGGUGAUCGCAGAGAUGAGCUUCGUGGAUCGAUCGGGUGCGGAUGAGGUGAUCAAGACGUUCAACAAUAAGAAGGCGGAUGGUCGCGUGCUCUACGUGUACAUGCAAUCCGAGAUCGGCGAAUCGGCCCAUGCGGAAAUCAGCGACAAGAUCCAAGCAGCACCCACCGAAGAGCCAUUGCAAGCUUUCGUCGACACAACAGGCGACACAGCAAUGGAAGUAGACGAGCACGCAGACGCCCGAGCAGCAGAAGACAGGCAGCGCGAAGAGCGGAGACGAGAGCCGCGCCCUCCGCCCUUGGGACCUAGUCAAAGACCAGCAGACGACUACCCGAGACGCGCAGAGCCGGCCUACCAAGACGGGAGGUAUGGGUACGAUGGCCAAGAUAGAGGUUAUAGAGGUGGUGGUGGCCGAGGCGGUCGUGGAGGAGGGUACCGUGACGAGGGUCGGAUGUAUUCUGAUCGUAUGCGACGUGGUGAGGGGCAAGGCUAUCGCCGAUAG